UGUCGCAAUUUCCGGUUAGCAGGCUUGCCGCGCCUUUCCUUUAGUCCUAUGAACUCCCAGCUUUCCUUCUAGUUUUGUUCUUUCCGGUUCCAGUCGCGUUCGCUCUCCGUACGAUAGACAAUAUGGCAUACCGGGGACAGGGGCCGAAGGUCCAGAAAGUGAUGGUCCAGCCCAUCAACCUUAUUUUCAGGUAUCUACAGAAUAGGUCACGAAUUCAAGUGUGGCUGUAUGAACAGGUGAACAUGCGUAUAGAAGGAUGCAUCAUUGGAUUUGAUGAGUAUAUGAAUUUAGUUUUGGAUGAUGCAGAAGAACUCCACUUGAAAACAAAGGCUCGCAAGCAACUUGGCCGUAUUAUGCUGAAAGGAGACAACAUCACAUUGUUGCAAAGUGUCAUGACUUAAGGAAUCCUGUUUUUGUCAUCUGUCAAUUGUGGUUAACAUUCAAUAGAAUAUUUUUUUUUUUCAAGAUUCCUAGACUGUCAAGAUUUUUAAUUCAAUUUAAAUACUCCCAAACUGUGACAUACAUUUUGGUGUAUUGUAUAUUUUGAUGCCAGUCACUUGAAAUGGCUAUUUAAUGUGAUAUUUGUUUUUUGAUAAAUAUUUUCAAGUAUUUGCUUUUCUGGAAUAUGUUUCUGCCAAUUAAGAGCAGUUUGUCUUCUUCAUGAAUAUCCUCCGUUCAACAGCAAUGAGAAGUGUUCUUGUCAUGGUACACACUACUUAUGCUCAGAUUAAAGAGCAUAGCAUCGCCUCUAUAUAUUCUGUUGCCAGUAAAUGGAAAGGAAUUUUUUCUGCUAAA